GAUCACACAUCCGAUGACGUUGUGUGUGACACGUGGAUUCCAAGAUGGCGCAGAGGAGGGCAGUAUCAAUCUGGCCAUUGAUGCUUCUCCUAGACCUGCAUACUUCAUCUUCUUUUUAUGUGCCAGGUGUAGCACCAAUUGACUUUCAUCAUAAUCAUCCUGUGGAAAUUAAGGCUGUGAAAUUGACUAGCUCACGGACACAGCUCCCAUAUGAAUACUAUUCCCUCCCUUUCUGUCGGCCUGAAAAAAUUGAAUACAAGGCAGAAAAUCUUGGUGAGGUGUUAAGGGGUGAUCGGAUUGUGAAUACACCAUAUGACCUGCAUAUGAACAUUGAAAAGAAAUGUGAAGUGCUCUGUGACAAGCCAAACAAACCUGUCAAGUUUAGAAUAGCCGAAAGUAAACUGGUCGUAGAAAGGAUACGGGAAGAAUAUUAUGUCCAUCUGAUUGCAGAUAACUUGCCUGUUGCAACACGAUUAGAAUUUUACCCAAGUUCUGAAGACAGUGACAAAAAGAAAGAAAAAGAAGUGCAGUUUGAACAUGGUUACAGACUAGGAUUUAUUGACAAUAAUAAGUUCUAUCUCCACAACCAUCUCUCUUUCAUUAUCUAUUACCACAAAGAAGAAAUAGAAAAAGACCAAGAACCUACAUAUAGAGUUGUGCGCUUUGAAGUUAUACCACAAAGUGUAAAAUAUGAAGAUCUAAAAACUGAUGAGAAUGGAAACUGUAUUCUACCUGAGGCUGCAGGCUCUCUUCCCCAAGAGAUUGAUCCCAACAAAGAAAAUGAUGUGCUUUUUACAUACUCAGUCCGUUGGGAGAGUAGUCCUAUUAAAUGGGCAUCUCGCUGGGACACCUACUUAACCAUGAGUGAUGUACAGAUACACUGGUUCUCAAUUGUGAAUUCGGUAGUUGUAGUCUUCUUCCUUUCUGGGAUUCUCAGCAUGAUAAUCAUUCGAACCCUCAGGAAGGACAUAGCAAACUACAACAGAGAAGAUGACAUUGAAGACACGAUGGAAGAAUCUGGUUGGAAACUAGUCCAUGGUGAUGUAUUCAGGCCACCACAUUAUCCCAUGAUUCUCAGCUCUCUUUUAGGAUCUGGGAUCCAAUUAUUCUGCAUGAUACUAAUUGUUAUCAUUGUUGCCAUGUUAGGAAUGCUGUCCCCAUCCAGCAGAGGGGCAUUGAUGACAACUGCUUGUUUCCUCUUCGUGUUCAUGGGGUUAUUUGGUGGUUAUUUUGCUGGUCGUUUGUACCGCACUCUAAAAGGCCAUCGAUGGAGGAAAGGUGCUUUUUGUACUGCUACACUAUAUCCUGGCAUCGUGUUUGGACUGUGUUUUAUCCUAAAUUGUUUUAUAUGGGGAGAACGUUCAUCAGGAGCUGUUCCUUUUCCUACAAUGUUGGCUCUUCUUUGCAUGUGGUUUGGCAUUUCCCUUCCUUUAGUCUACCUUGGCUAUUAUUUUGGUUUUCGAAAGCAACCUUAUGACAACCCUGUGCGCACCAAUCAAAUACCACGUCAGGUCCCUGAGCAGCGAUGGUACAUGAACAAAUUUGUUGGAAUUCUUAUGGCUGGUAUCCUACCGUUUGGUGCCAUGUUUAUUGAACUGUUCUUUAUUUUCAGUGCAAUUUGGGAGAACCAAUUCUAUUAUCUCUUUGGAUUCUUAUUUUUGGUAUUCAUUAUCUUGGUAGUGUCAUGCUCUCAAAUCAGCAUUGUCAUGGUUUACUUCCAACUCUGUGCAGAGGAUUAUAGAUGGUGGUGGAGAACAUUCAUGGUGUCUGGAGGGUCUGCAUUUUAUGUGCUUGUUUACGCCAUAUUUUAUUUUGUUAAUAAGUUGGAUAUUGUGGAAUUCAUCCCAUCAUUGCUGUAUUUUGGCUACACAACCCUGAUGGUGCUCUCUUUUUGGCUACUUACUGGGACGAUUGGAUUUUAUGCUGCAUACAUGUUCAUACGCAAAAUCUAUGCUGCUGUAAAAAUAGACUGAAAAAGAUGAGCUUGAUGAUGAGUUUGGUUUAUGAUGGGCCUUCCAACUAUAAAAGUUAAUGAACAUGUUGACAAGCAACUCUAGAUUCUGAAGAUUAUUAUUUUGAAAAAAUUCUUUCAACUUGGGGAAAUGCACGAUGUUCACUUUUGGUGUGAGUGGGCAACAAUGUUUAUAAGCGUUUUUUUUAAAUACCUGUUUGAUUUUUAAAAUAGGGCCCCUUUUGGAGAAAAGACAGAAUGCUGCAUAAAUAUUAAUUUUUUUAGGAAAUAACUAUCCCAAUUCUGCCCAGUGUCAUUAUAAUUAUACAUUAAAAAUGAGUUUUAUUUCAUAUUGAUUAUUGAAAUGCCAGACACUUUAAAAAUCUAUGACUGGAAAUAUGUAUGCCUCUUAAGUAGCCAUAUCUUAAAUGUUUAAGUAUUUUACAGAUAGGUAGGAAAUGGUUGUGUCUAGAAAUAGAAAUACUUUGUAGCCAGAGCUAAUUCACAAAACAAUCCUAGAAAAUAAAUUGCAAUUUUUGUUUGAUCAAAAGAAAUCCAUUACUUGUAAUUUGAAUGCAGCUCUAUUAACUUGAAGAAAGUGUUUUUUUUAAAUAAGCACAGAAUACAUGUAACUCAAAAUAUCAUGGUGUCCUACUUUACUCAUCUUUUAUUAUGAAUGUCCAUUCCAUUGAUUAGUGAAGAAAGCCAGGAUGCUUUCCUGGAAUGUCCUGGAAUGAAAUGCCUAUAAUUUGAUGGAUUUCCCAUUUUCAAUAUUUGUACAUCCAGUUGAAGUGCACCAUGUUUGAACAUGUAUUAGCGUUGAGCCAAACAAUUGAAGUAGAUCAUACACUAAAAAGUUUGUCCACAUGUAAAUAAUAUUUCCCCUAGUGAUUGAAACAACCAUACAAGCAGAAAACUUAAAUUUCUUUAGGUGCAUAUUUAAAAUGCCUACAGAUUUGUUGGUUCUAAAGGUGGUUUAUUAAGGGUUUAAAAUUGCUGUACUGACCAGCAUUUUGGUGUGCACCUUCAUUAACAGAUAAUGGUGUAUUUCUAAACGUGAAUAUAGAGGCAUAUCUGCAAAUUUUGAUAGAAAUAUUGAAGUAUUCACAAAAGUUUGAGUACAUCUAAAUUCAUUUCAUGGUUUCUGUGAAGUGCUGAUUUAAAUGCCUGCAAAACAGCAUUCUGGGGAGAAAAAAGCAGCACUUCCUUUAUGAAGUGCAUGGGUAGAUACCUUCCAGCACUAACUUAACUUUUUACAUAUUUUCUUUUUCCCUUGGAUCACUUUUUUUCAAAAUGAAUUACAACUUACACAAUUGUAAGUUUAUAAAGAGUAAACAUGUUUCUUAUUGUGUUGGAAUCUGUUAUUGAAAUGAAUGAGAAAAUGACCACAAUGCUUAUUUACUAGUCUGCUGUUGAAGUAUUACAGAAUACUGCACUGACUUCAUUCAGGACAGAGACCACCAGUUUUUUUUUUGGAUGUUUGAGACAGUUAAUCAAUAGAUUAGCUUUUCUGUAUACUUCUUUAAUAAUUGAUGGUAAAAUAGCUCUCAACAAGGGGAAAUGGGUGAUAUUAAGUUGACUGUGAUUUAAAUUUUGUACAUUUCUAAAUAUUUAAAUGCUGCAUUAGAUUAUUUUUUCUUUAGCAGUUCCAUGGGAUUCAUUUGAUUUUGUGAUUUUCAUGCAAUGGUGUAAAUAAACAAUUUUGUACUUUUUGCUUUUGGUCAUAGGCACUGUAAGUAUGUAAUUGUUUCCAAAGGCAUGCUACUCUUCAUAGAAUGAGUAUAAAAGUGUUUCAACUUUCUUUUAUACAUUUCUGCAGUCAUGUUUUGUAUUUUUCCAUAAUGCUUCAGUUUUUAAUCAUUGUAUGGGUUGGAGAUGGUUGCUCAAAUUAAACUACACAGUCCAAUCUGAAAAAUGCAUUAUCCAAAAAUUUUAAUCAUUUAGGGUCUUUAGGUGAAGAUAGGUUGUCAUUGCUAAACUGCAGGAACAUUUCUUCUGAAUCCUUGCCUCUUGCAAAGCUGGAUUUUUAAGUAUAGCUACUUGGAUCAUUCUUUUAGCUUCAUCAAAACAGGAAGAUUAUGACCAAGAAGCAAUAAACCAAAUUUUACAGACUACAGUAACAACAAAGCUUGUAGUUAAUUUGUUAACUGAGUAAAGAAUUCUUUAAAGCUGAUUUUAUUCAGAGAUAAAUCUACAUAAAUCACUUCUCUUUUCAUUCCUUUAUACCUCUAUCAUUGGUCACCUUUAAAAGAGGGAUGGGUAGCACCCCACAUUUUUGAAGUUGGCAUAUACAUUCUUACAAGACUUUUUAUGACCAUUUCUAAGAAAAAGGUAGAGCCUACUGAUCUGAUAACCUGGCAUGAAUGCUAGAAGAUGUGUUUAGUUUUAUUUUCUAUUUUCAGCAUAUGUAUUACUACUUUUGAUGCACAUUAGCUUACAAUUAAUGUUACAUUUUAAUACUCUGUACAAAUAACAUUUUGUUCCAAGUUGGUUCAUUUAACUAGAAAUAUUUAUACACAUCAUGGAAGCUAUUCUAAUAUCCAGCUUUUCUCACAACAAAACUUGAGUGUCCUCUGAAAAUUGUGAAAAAUUGUUUUGUCAUUUAAUAAACUUGCACUACCUUAA